GAAGCCCUUGGCGUCAUUGACGAAGCUGAGUGCCGUUGACUUGAGCGGCUGCGUGGCUCUGUCGGACGCCGGGCCGCUUCUUGCUGGUGGCUAUGAGCCUCCGCCAAACCCGAUGCAUGAUGUUCUGGCUGGCCAGGAUGUGCCGGAGGCUUCAUCACAGGUGUCACCGAAUGUUCCAGCAAAGCCGGCCGACUUGCCAACAAGUCCGGGAGGGCCGAAGGUUCCGCCGCCUGGCCCGAUCCCGGGGAUGCCAGCAGCUUCCCUGCCUGGCAAGAAGGCGAAGAAGGAGCCCGGCACCACGGCCGAGGGACUUCCAGUGAAGCCUUCGGCACCUGCGACCUCAGCUCCGGAAGCUCCCGGGGCCAAGGGCUUAGGGACGGAUCCGCGGGAAUUUCGUCAUCGCGGCUUGUGGCCCAAGGAGGUCCUGGCACUGGGAAAUCCAACCCUCCGAUGGCUGAGCUUAAGCGGCUGUCGUGCGCUGCGGAAGGGGCUGGCCCGCCUCCGCCGCUGCCAG